CAAGUUAUUAUCAAAUUGUAUCAUGGUAUCGGAGCUAAGACUCUCAAAAACCUAGCCUCUCUUUUUUUUUCCGACCGCCGCCCACCAUGGCAGCCCCGUCGGAUCCUUUGGCGUCCUUACCCUCCGGAGUAAAACUUUUACUUCGGAGUCUCCACAACUUAAUCCCAGAAAAACUCACCGAAACAAAUUAUCCGGCAUGGUCUCUCAAUGUCGAGACAGCUCUUUCAGCUAAUCUCCUCCUUGGAUGGAUUGAUGGUCAUGAAGCAGCCCCGGCGCCAACUAUCUCCAAAAACGAUAAAACCGUCCCUAAUCCAGAGUAUACCUCCUGGACCAUCGUUGACACACAGAUCCGCGCCUGCCUCCUAGCGGUCAUCAGCCCCUCCGUUCACAAACAUGCUCGCGGCUUCACCACAUCUGCUGCCCUCUGGGAUGCUUUGGCCGCACGGUACAACUCCGUGUCCACCGCUCAUGUUUAUCAGCUUCGGGACAAACUCCACACUCUUCGUAAAGGUACCAAAACUAUGACACAAUACCUUGAUGAUGUGGCAACUAUUCUCUCGGAUCUCGAUGCCUUGAAAGAAGAGAUCCCUGAACGUGAUGUGGUGAAUGCUGUUAUUCGUGGUCUUCCCACCGAAUACUCAUCCUUUAAGCAAAACAUUCGCAUGAACAAUACCAAUAUUUCGUUAAAUCAGCUUUCUGGAUGGCUGAUCUCCGAAGAAAUAAACCUGGAGAUGGAGAAUAAACUCAACCUCACCGAGGCCAUAUCUCUCAAUAUUCAAUAAGACAAGUUAUUAUCAAAUUGUAUCAGCUAUAUAUAUGCAUAUUAAAUUUAUGGAAAUUUGUUUAUUAUUAAACUUAUGGAAAUUUG